AUGCCCAUUAUAAUUUCAAAAGCCUCUUCAUCCAAGAAAACUAGUCCUCCGGCAAUCCUUUUAUCACUGUGGCCAUCCGAUGAAGAACAUACAAUGCAUGAACGACAAAAAGACAUGCCUUCUUUGCCAUUGCACACGCCAGACCGGAGGACGAAGGCCAUACUCGAUUUAAUUAAGAAAUAUCCAAAGGACGCAGAUAGAUACGUGUUAGCAGGAUCACUAUACGAAACGAGUCGUUGGUAUUCGGCUGCACUUGACAUCUAUCAAUGUGCAAUGAUCCACAUUCCAUCGACGCAUGCACGGUAUGGUGAGCUUCAAGACGGCCUCCAAAGGGUUCAUAAGCGACUAGGCUCUUUCAUCCAUUUGUUACCACCCUAUUUGUUAAACAUCAUUUUUGGCCAUUUGAGAAACUUGGAUCUUAUCCACUGCAUGUACGUUAAUCAAGUCUGGCGCCGCUAUAUCCUACAAUGGCCCCAUUUGUGGCACUUACGCUCUAGUGUCAUUGACCAUUCCAUUGUUGAUUUUUUCCUGGAUGGCAAAGGUGGUGAAUCCAUUCUCCUCCAAGGAUGUCAUGAUGUGAUUCUUUUAUUUCCUAUACUCAAGCUUGUAGCAGCUAAGGAUAGCCUCAACAUCAAGAGCUUACAUGUUGCAGGUGUCGAGUUGGAUAAUCGUUUGAUGGAUUUGCUUGUGAAAGCUGUGCAAUCAUCCAAACCUUUUACCGAGCGUAUCUCAUUUACAAAUGUCGCCCGCUUCCCCUAUAUCGACGAAUACCCAAUACACUCUUCCCUAAGGCGGUGUUCUCAGCUGAGGCAUUUUUCAUUUCGUGAUGUUGUCCCUGGUUCGUCAUCAAGGUAUGACAGUCUCUAUGAAGAUAGACGACCCACCUUCUCAAAUAAUGACAAUGGUGGUAUCCCAUAUGAUAUCUACAUGCUCACUACGCUUGAGCUGUCAUUGCAAUUUUGGCAAUUCCCAUAUCCAAGGCGAUUUACGUGUUUUCUUGAACGGUGUCCUCAUCUACGAAGGUUGAAGGUCGUUUAUACAAACAAAAUUAGCUCUGACAUUAUAAGUGCAGCUGUCACACAUUGCCAUCGGUUGAAAGAUCUGAUAAUCCAAAGCGGUUAUUGGUAUCUUCCGAUCAGCCUGGUAAACACUAGGCAUACCGAUUUUGGGGAAUCGGAAAUAGAAGGCCUUCAGCGUCUUGUAAUAACCCCACACAAGUUUCCCUACACCCAUCCAAUCUGCACGAAUGAUGCUUUGUCCGUAUUCGAUGUGCAUCACACAACAUUAUCGGUGCUCUAUCUUCCUUUUAAUAGCGGGAUUGGGAUCGACCUUCUUCUUGAAAUGGCUCGCUAUGAGUGGCCACAGCUAUGUGAGCUGUAUUUGGACGCUGGACGUUCCGACUGGAUUCGACCAUAUUCACUUUUACGAGAAAAGCGUUGGCAAGAGCCAUUGUCGAGCAGAGCUAUCGCUAUGCUUACCGGCCGUUGCCCUAACUUGCAAAUACUACAUAUUCUCAUCCCGUCGUCACGCUAUUACACUCGCUUUUCUAUUACGAACAAAACCAUCUUAUCAAUGAUCAAACACUGCCCUCGCCUCGAUCAAUUGGUGAUCGACACCAGAGAACGUCAUAUCAAAAUCUCUAAUCUUACGACGACAAAUUUAAAAGACUUUAAGAAAACUGUCAAACGAUCGUUAUUACCGAAGGAGGAUACGCGUUCUUUGUAUUCUAUGUAUUCUUAUUUAACUAUAUGA